AUGUCUUCCUCUAAACCCUCACUCUCUAAUCUCUACUUACUUGAGCAUCGGAGUGUCUGCAGGUACACACCCCUCAUUCACUCCAAGAAGCAUUCUGACGCAUUCUACCACCACCUAAACCACCGCAUUCAAAGCACCGACGAUCACCUUCUGAUCAGCUCCUAUCCCCCUAAAGCUAGAAAAUCCUCCCACGACGGGACAACUGAUCCAGGCAAGCACAUCAAGAACAUCGAGAAAUUUCUCACUUACAGAUCGGUGCAAGGCGUCGUAAAAUGCAAACUCUUCGUCACUACACUGCGACGAGGAGAUGUCACCUGGUUCAAGCACCUACGGAGAAACUCCAUUGAAUCAUGGAGUGACCUUUGCUACGAUUUCACGACUCACUUCACCUCUUCAAGGACGCAACCGAAAACGGUAGCUUCCCUCGAAGCCAUUGUCCAAGGAAAGAGUGAGCCUCUUCGAGACUACAUCGAGAGGUUCAACAAAGAAGUUGUUCAGGUAAGGGGUGCCGACGAAACAAUGAAGCAGUACCUCAUUGCCAAGGGUCUGCGUGCAGGCACAGACGUGAAGAAAGUUGUCAGCUUGGAUCGCCCUUGGACUCUCAACGAGUUCCUAGAGAUCGCAAAGAUCUACAUAGCAUAUGAAGAAGAGCUGUACGCGGACAGCCUCAACAAAUCCAGGAAGGAGGAACCUGCUGCUGAAUCCUCCAAAAAUCCCUUCCAUGAGAAAAAGAGGGAAGGCAAAGCAACUCGUGAAGGAAAACGACCCAACGGUCACUUCACUGAGUACACACCCUUGGCCAUGUCCAGGGAGAAGAUCCUCGCCGAGAUCGCAGUAGCCGAUCUAACAGAAGUUGGCGUCAAGACACCAAAGGCUUCAUCUCAGGAGAGGAAGGGUGUUGGAUAUUUAUAUGUUGGCUUCACUUUUGCCUAA